UUUCACAGUGAGAGGGUGAGCUGUCAGUAGUGAGCUUCUCACGCCGAGACGCCUCCUUUCGUUUUCGUUGUUUCGCCCACUUUUUUAUCGACUUCCCUCUGACUUUAAGAAGGAGGCGAGAUCCUCGGUGCGACAGUAGACAAGAAGAAGGAGCAGCGAAUAAGAAUAUAUUAGGUAAAAAACCAUGUGCUGUACGGGGAAGUGCGCCCGCCUGGUGGGCCUGGUCCUGCUGCCUUCAGCCUUCAUCUGCAUGAUCUCCAACCUGCUGCUGUUCUUCCCCGACGGGAACAGUCUGGAAAAUGAUCAGAUCUCCCUCCAGGUCUGGCUCAUGGGGGGGCUCAUCGGAGGAGGCCUCUUUAUGCUGUGCCCGAGCUGUUCAGCUAUCAGGGCCGGGGGCAAGGGUUGCUGCGGAACAGGUUGCUGUGGCAACCGUUGCCGGAUGUUGAACUCGGUGUUCUCCUCUGCUUUCGGCCUGGUUGGAGCCAUCUACUGCACCAGUGUGGCCUCAGCAGGUCUGGCUAUCGGACCCAAGUGUCAAGUGGGUAAUGGCAACUGGGAAUACCCUUUCGAAGACCUCGGCACGGGUAACGGCAGCUACCUUGUAAACCAGACCCUGUGGUCGAUCUGUGUCUUCCCCAAAAACGCGGUGAUGUGGCACGUCGUCCUGUUCUCCAUUCUGCUGGCCAUGGGCGUGGUGCAGAUGGCGCUCUGCGGCCUCCAGGUGGUCAAUGGCUGCUUGGGUUGCCUGUGCGGAGACUGUCGUGACAGCAAAGAAGAUGAAGGUGGAUUGUGAAAGGGAAGAAGAAGAUCGCUCUGCUGUGACCUGCAUUUACAAGGACCAGGUCGCAUUUCCUGACGUUCAUAUUAAGAGAUAUGUCUCUGUGAAGCAUGUUGAGGAGAUCUUUGUGUUACUCCUUGAUGCUUUUGUUUCCGUCUUUUUAAAAACACGCCAAAGCCUUAGUCCUUUACUGUGUGAAUCUUAUCCUUGAUGAUGGUUCGUGUGUGUUGCUCGACUCUCUUUGGUUGAAGUAAAUAAUCACUGAAUUAAAUAAUUACCUAUUUUCAACGGUUUAUAGGACAGAUAAAGAUCAAACUGCAAUUGUAAAUAAUUGUUGCUGUUUGAUCUAUAGACAUAAAACUGUGGAUCUGGUGAAUGUGAAGACACAAUAAGAACUGAUUAAUGUGAAAAAUUAUAUUAAACUAUUUACUGUUUUUUAAUGAUCGGAUUUGUGUGUCAUGUGAAAUUUCUUGUAACUUAAGAUAUUUCGGUUCUUUCUGACUGUCAACAUUAAAAAACUAUUUUCCUGA